UGCUGCCAGCCCACCUGUGUGACCAGCUGCUGUCAGCCUUCCUGCUGCAGCACACCCUGCUGCCAGCCCACCUGCUGUGGGUCCAGCUGCUGUGGCCAAACCGGCUGUGGAUCCAGCUGUGGCCAGACCAGCUCCUGUGCACCUGUCUACUGCAGAAGAACCUGCUACCACCCCACAUGUGUCUGCCUGCCUGGUUGCCUAAACCAGAACUGUAGCUCCACCUGCUGCCAGCCCUGCUGCCGCCCAGCCUGCUGUGAGACCACCUGCUGCAGGACCACUUGCUUCCAGCCCACCUGUGUGACCAACUGCUGCCAGCCUUCUUGCUGCUGA